UACAUGGUCGUUAAUACCUGGGGCUCCCCGGGACUGUUCACAACAACAGAGGAAGCUGCUCCAGCUCUGACCAAAUAAAACACCGUCGCGUUUUUAAGAUCCUGCUUGGAACCACACUAACGGAAACCAACGUUAACGCGUUCUUGUUCAAACAGGCUUCGUUGCUCCACUGUCAGCUUUUGUUUGUUAUCGACCUAGCUUUGUCCUUCUUUACAGCCACAGCUGUGGUGGGUUGCUGAUUUAUUUACACAAAUCCUAGUGGAAUAUGGCUCAGCAUGGACAUCAUGUAGCCAGUUCCCAAAAAGCACUAAUGCUUGAGAUGAAAAGUCUCCAAGAUGAGCCAGUCGAAGGGUUCAAAAUAACUUUGGUGGACGAGUCGGACUUAUACAACUGGGAAGUAGCGAUUUUUGGACCCCCGAAUACACACUACGAGGGUGGUUAUUUUAAGGCUCGCAUCAAGUUUCCAGUUGACUACCCUUACUCUCCACCUGCUUUCCGCUUCCUCACCAAAAUGUGGCACCCAAACAUUUAUGAGAAUGGAGAUGUUUGCAUCUCAAUCCUUCACCCUCCAGUUGAUGACCCACAGAGCGGGGAGUUACCUUCAGAAAGGUGGAACCCUACACAGAACGUCAGAACCAUCCUUCUCAGUGUGAUCUCCCUCCUGAACGAGCCCAACACCUUCUCUCCGGCUAACGUUGAUGCUUCCGUUAUGUACCGCAAGUGGAGGGACAGCAAAGGCAAGGACAGAGAAUACAUCGAGAUCAUCAGGAAGCAGGUGCUGGCCACUAAAGACGACGCAGAGCGGGACGGUGUCAAGGUUCCUGUCACGUUGGACGAGUACUGCGUCCGCACACAAGUCCCACCCACAGACGAUGGCUCAAACCUUUUAUAUGAUGACUACUAUGAUGACGAGGAACUGGACGACGAUGAAGAUGAUAAUGAAGACUGUUGCUAUGAUGACGACGACUCUGGCACUGAGGACUCCUGACCUUGCCUCCCUGUUACAUCACCACUUCCUCUCUCCUACACCUCCUUCUCUCCUCAUGAACUGAACUUUUAUUCCCCUCUUUUUCCUCCUCCUGUCAUCCUUCUCACUUAGCACAGCUCUCCUGUUGACCCUCUGUCACUCGUGCCGCCACAGUCUGCACACUAAAACAUGAUGCAUCCAAGAAAACAAAGCUACAGAGUUUGUUUUUGUUUCUUACAUGUUUAUUUUUUAAAUUUGUUCUUUGAGUAGAUGUUACACACAUGACACGUACAAAGGAGCACAACUUCCAUAACUAAGACCUUUUCUCUUCAUCUGGCUUUGAGCAGAACAAUCUGAUGGCCGAGUUACACCUUUACUUGACUUCAGCAUCAGCAGGGUCUGAAUGUACAGUCGCAGGUCAGAUCACAUCAUAUACUAACACGUAAAGAGCAUUUGAGCCAUGUGUACGUGAUCUCUGGUUUGUGUUGACACUCUGCCACGCUCCACCUCUGACCCUUUUGUGCCCUGAGGGGCCUGUGCUGCUCUAAACCGAGAAAAAAAAAAAAGCCGUUCACAUUCCCUUGUGCCUUCCCUCUCUCCCUGGUUUCACUGAUCCGAGCAUUUGGUGGGACAGACUGUGCACACAUUAGGAGAUAUUCAGGUGGGAAUACCGUGCAUACAGCGCCCUCCCGAUUGAAUAAGUUAUUUUAAGCAGCACCUGCCAGAUUUGUCGGGGAGUUGGAGUGAGAAAGGUGAGAUCCAGCAGCUGAAGUAAAGAAUGGAAUGUAGAUCAGAAUCCCACAAAUGUCCUCCACUGCCCGCCAUGCAGCCUUCACUAUACAAGCACUUGUGGUCUGGGUGCACGAAGACAGCUAGGACUGCUCCUCAUGAAAUCCAAUGUACUGUAAAGAAAAAGAGAAAACCUAUGCAGUCAGUGCGAGCCUUUUGACCAUCAGACUCCAGCUUGAGUUUCAAAGCUACCUGUGACUGCUUCAGACUGACUUUUUCCUCAGCUACAGCUCAACAUGUGGAGUCAAAUCUGUCCUUAAGUUAUCUACUCAGAGUAGCUCAAGUCUCCAGAGCAACAAUAUUGAGGUUUUGCUCACCCCCUAGUGGUGGCUGUGUGUACAAAGUAUUUUUUUAACCCCCCCCCAUGACAUGCUUGACUAGGCUGCAGCCAUCUUGAUUCAUCUGGAUCUAUGAGCCCUGUUACCUCAGAGCAGCAGUGUGAGGGAAAACAGCCUACUAGCAAGGUUUUGUUUUCAGUUAGAAACCUUUACAGGUCGCCUUGACCACCAUCCAGCUGUAUUUCAGUGUUAACCGCGCUUCAGUUAUGUGUGAAUACUUGCAAUUGUUUAUAAGUGGUGAGAAGAAGUGCAUAAAUGGGAAGGAAGGCAUGGGGAUAGGGUUAACCUUUGAGCAUGAAUAGGAGACUGUGGUUCUAUACUAGCAUGCUGUUAUGAUGUGUUUGUGGUUUUUAGAACUGCUCUAAAGGGCUGGGACUGUGUCCAAGAAAAAACUUCUCUUCUCAGUUUUAUCUAAACUAUUCCGUUAUGAAUGGGCUGAGGGUUGUAAGAGGUUUUUUUCCAUGUACUGUUUUGAUAUAACUCUUUUUUUCUCUCCAAAUAGUGGUGUGAGCUUAAAAGUUCUUUAUCUUAUAUGUAUUAAGUGCUACUAAUAUGGAUCUGAUUGUGGAAAACCCAGAAAUGCUCAUAAAACGUACCACUUUAAUAUAAAGGAACAGAAAAUUUACACAGCAAUACCGAAGCACUAACAGGAAAUAUUUGUUCAUUUAGUUUUCUCUGUUUUCAAAUGAUAAACAAUAAAGUUUUUUUUUGCUUUCUCAAGAUAUUGAUGGACUACAAUGCAGUUUUUCCUGUGAUAAGGACUUAAUUUCAGUCAUUUUCCCAAGAUCUCAAGAAAUUGAAGCAUUGAAAAACUAGCAUUGUUAUCCUGAGAUAAAGAGGAAAAUAACUCCAGAUCUUGAGAAAACAGCUGGAAUUUACUAGUUAUCAUGAGAAACUGAGUAAAAUGAAAUCUAUAGAUGUAUGUCUGCUUGGGGCUUCUGUGCCAUGCAGUAAUUAUUCUUGCCUUUUCAAAAGCCUAAAAUGCAUAGAAAUCAGUUAUCAAUACUCAGUUAUACUUAAAUCCAUAACACAGCAUGUUACCCAUCCCUUUCUGGUUUGAUGUCUUUGACUAAAUGGGAUUUUUUUGUUCAAGCUUGUCCCCCCAAUCAUUCUCUGAGCUCUAAUUGGUGGAAGCAUCACUAAGAGGGAAAACCCAGCAGAUUAUUGCAGAAAAGAUCCUCAGGAAAACAUCAACAAUAAAACAUCUACCAACAAACAUCUUUAAUUUCUCCAGCUGAGUGAACCUAAACCCUCGGGAGUCUCACGUUUUUGGCUUCAAAGGACUGUUUACAAUCUCUGCCUUAAUAUGCACAUGUGGAUAUUUGAUGAUCACUUGAUGUUUUUUUUCUUUUUUGUUUAUAUUUUCUUUUUUCUUAUGGUUUGUAAAUCUAUUUAAAAUCUGAAAUAAAGAUCUUUAUUAGA